AAUUCCACCAUGAGGGUCUGUAUGCUUGUAGGUGUGCUGAUCACAGUGGGCUUUGCGAUGCGGAAGGGUCCGGUUGCCAGCGUCCGUACCUGCCACCUGUGCCUCUUAGAUGACCCUUCGCUAGGCUGCAUUUCUGGCUCAGAAAAGUGCACCAUCAGCCCUUCAUCGCCGUGCAUGGUGAUCACUAUCUUUAACGGUUCCAAGGUUUACUUCCACAUACGGGGCUGUGGACAGCACCAGUACUACCGAUGUCAUGAGAAGCACCUCAUCUACAACUCAAACUACUGGUAUAGGGCUAGCUGCUGCCAGUACGAUUACUGCAACUCCUGGUCCAGUGCCCAGCACCAUAGCACUCUCCCUGGGCCCCCAGGAAGCCAUCUGGGCAUGCCCCUGUCUGCAUCUCAGAUAAAACAGUUCUACUAUGUCCUGAACCUCUCUCUGCCUCAGCCUGGCUUCCAUAAUGAUAAGAUGUCUGAGGGCUCUCUCAUUCUGCCCCUGGAGCUGGGCUUGUCCAUUGCUGACCUGCGUCAAAUAUACUUGUUCCUCAACAGUUCAGGACUUCUGGUUCUUCCCCAGGCUAGACCCUGACAUGUUCCCC